AUGUCUAAACCUGGACAGUUCCGAGCCGAUCUCCCUGAGCUCGCGAGACAUCUUCUCACGAAUGGCCCUCACAAAACUCAACCUACCGCCCGCAGAGUCCGAGUCAUCUUAAACAAUACAUGCGUCGUCGAUACCACCAAAGCAGUCCAUGUUUGGGAACACGUUGCAUAUCCGCAGUACUAUGUACCCGUAGCAGAACUACGGAACUGCCGUUGGAAAGACAAGCAAGACAUCCAGUCCACGGCCGAUGCAUCCCAAGCCGCGGCGGCAGUCGUUGAAGUGACCGUUCCUGGGCGGGACGGUGAAAACGACUUUACCACCGACCGGGCGUUGAGAUUUUCCGACAAUGGAGAGAUCAGCGGUGCCCUAAAGGGUCUGAUAAGGCUCGAGUUCGGCAGUAUGGACCAGUGGCUCGAGGAGGAAACGCCCAUCUACGUCCAUCCCAAAGAUCCUUACAAGCGCAUCGAUAUUCUCCCUUCGUCGCGGCCUGUAGAGGUCAAGGUCGCCGGAAAGACCGUCGCCAAGACCAGCUUUGCCGUUCAUUUGUUGGAAACUGGGCUGCCUACGCGAUACUACCUGCCCUUAGCGUCAGUUGAUCAGUCAGCUUUGCGAAAAAGCAAGCUCAUCACCAAGUGCCCAUACAAGGGCGAUGCUGAGUACUACAGUAUUGUGGUGGAUGGCAAAGAGUAUAGCGACUUGAUCUGGUAUUACAGGCUUCCCACGCAGGAAAGCGCGGGGAUCGCUGGUCUACUGUGCUUUUACAAUGAGAAAGUCGACAUUAUUCUGGAUGGUGAACUUCUAGAGCGGCCAAAGACAUUCUUUUCCUAA